AUGGAGAAGCCAAGAAGAAGAAGAAGUUUCCUCGACAUCGUUAAGAACGAUUUAGAGUUGGCUGGUAGGCGCUCGCUGCUCACCCGUUUCGUUUACAUUGGCGAAUACAAAGGCCCGACAAGCGAUGCUCUCAGCAUAUUCAAGAGAAACGUGAGAGAAUUGAGCGAGCAACACGAGGAAGCAAUUUGCGGACUGCUGCUACUUUAUCCGGAACAUUUUGUUCAUUUAAUCGAGAUAUCAAGUCCACCUUUGCUAUUGGAGACAGCGGAGAGGAGCGAGCUUGCUACGGUCGAGAAGCACACGCGAAAUUGUCUGCUGAAAAUGUAUUCCCUCUGCGAAGUAUUGACAGCCACGAGGACCAAUGGCACGACGGAAACGCAGCAUCCGAAAGAAGCCGCGAAAAAUUUGAACGCGAUCGCUCCUCACCUGCUGCCAGAGCUCACAGCAGUGGAAUACUUGCUGUCGAUUCAGUCCUCGGCAUUGAACGAUAUCAGACAUUAUCUGCUUGCGUUCAAACGAAUUCCCCUGGUCAAACUGUUUAAUGAUCGUGUUUGGCCGGCUACACCUGAAUUGCUAGCUCGUCAUCUGGCCUCGCGAGAAAAUACCUCCAGAGUCUAG